CCAUAUCUUGAACGAAAUCGUCUUAACCAGUAGUGUACGAAGGCUGUAUGCCUAGACCCUGUUUGAAGAACACAACAGCUCCAUUCCUUAGAACUUGCAGUACACGAGUACCCCAAAAUUGGGCGGAUCGCUCGCUAUACACUACCACCACCACUAGGCCUACAGCCGGCAACGACAGCACGCCGUGCAUUUGGAGCUUCGCCACAGCAUCAUCAUCUUUUUCAAAUCUCCAAAUCAAGAGGUCUUCACCGCAUACGCAUAUCAUACCUUUGAGCUGUUGCUGUAGAAUAAAUCCUAGGAACAUGACGACCGAGACAGGUAAACCUGUCAUUCGCGUGGCCGUCAUAGGCGCCGGGGCGUCCGGUCUAACUCAAACACAACAGUUACUCGAAGCUUGGAGUAGGAAAGCGGUCAAGACAAAGCUGGAAGUCGUUGCGUUUGAAGCUCGAGGAGAUGUUGGCGGAGUAUGGUUAUCGGAAGAUGGACCCAAGCAGGCCGAGAGGACUAGCUUACCAGGCGAAAACGAUAAGAUGGACGAUGUAUUCUCUUAUUCAACAGCCUCCAAGAUAUCGUCGCCGAUGUACGAAGGUUUGCGAACCAAUAUCCCAGCUCCUAUAAUGGCUUUCAGAGGGUUUAAAUUUCCGGAAAAGACGCCUCUUUUCCCAGAUCGAGCCGCUGUACUGAAGUACCUUCAGGACUAUGCCAAAGCAUACGAGCUCCUCCCUUACAUCCGUUUCAACACUCGUGUAGAGCGGGUCUACCUUACUUCUACUACCCGUGGCUCUGAUAAACGAAGAUGGACGGUCGAAUCUGUAUCUGGCAACUCUAAAACAUCCGAAGAGUUUGACUAUAUAAGCGUGUCGAAUGGGCAUUACAGCGAUGGAUGGAUACCCAACACACCCGGCCUCAGCUCAUUCCCAGGCCAAAUCAUCCAUUCUAGAUUCUACCGCAGAGCCUCCGACCAUGCCGGCCAGACCGUCCUCGUCGUCGGAUCUUUUGCAUCAGGCGGCGAUAUCUCCCGCCUCCUCGCUUCCCACAAUAUCGACAAAUAUGAUCCAUCCGGCCAACCAUUGAGCCGUUCGCUCACCCCCGACCAAAAGUUAGAUGAUUCUUCCUCUUUGAAAGCCGCUACAGGGGAAAACUUUAUCAAAGUUUACGUCUCGUCGUCUGGCGCUACCUCGCACUCCGUAAGCCCUGACGGACCCUGUGCUCCAUAUAUCCACAAUCUGCCCCUCAUCUCCCAUCUUUCACCGCCUUCUUCCGCCUAUCCUAAAGGUGUCAUCCACUUUGAAGACGGACAACAGCUCUCAGGGGUGGAUACAAUCAUCUACGCCACGGGGUACAAUUUUGCUUACCCUUUUUUCAAGCGUGCAGACAAACCUUGGGAUGAGGUGGAUUUGGUUGAUGGGGUGAUUAGGAGUGGGGAGAGGAAGGGAGGUGAGGAAUGGGAGGAGGGCGGGGUAAAAGGUUUGGGAAUGAAGAAGCUUGAUGAGCUGUUACUGUUUCUGAAAGGAGAUCGCAGUAUCGCCUUUCCUGCUCUCUCCUAUCAAGUAGUUCCCUUCCCUCUUGCGCAAGUGCAGGCUCGUCUCACCUCCCUCCUCUGGGCAAAUCUCCUUCCUUCUUUCCCCGAACAUCCCGCUCUACCUGAAAACCCAUCGAACCCUUAUUCCAAACAAUCAGUUUCUGUACCAUCCAUCAAUCACUUAGACGUAUCAUCUUUGAGCGCACCUCAACCCGAUAUCACAGUCACUGCUGCAGCAACACCUCCCACUACCACUACCAAAGUUUGUUCUUCCUCUUCACCAUCAACUACCCCGCUCGAUCGUAAAACCCUUAGUGCGAGACAAAAGCUCCUAUUCGGCACACCGUAUGAAUGGACAUACUCUGAAUAUCUCAUGUCGCUCAUGUCGGAAGCAGAGGGUGGGAAAGAGGCGGAAGUAGAAGAGCACUGGAAGAAAAUUGAGCCUUGGAGGAGGGAAAUGAGGGACAGAAAAGAUUUGAGGAAAAAGACACUUGGAUAUUAGUAGCUUGAAAGUCGUGAUAGGCAUAGAAAUAGGUGUAAGACGACGUUGGCUGUUGCGCCGCCCAGUGCCAAACGUAAUGACCCGACGCAGACAUAGAUAUAGCUGGUAUCUAGAUCAUUAUAAAUGCUGAUAACAUAUAGUUUUAUAGAAAAGCGAUACAAACUGAAACACAGUACAUCGUGC